AAAGAAGGCUUAACAGUGAUACAAGUCUGGUACAGAAGAAAUGUCAACUCUCAACAACACUACUCCGGUUACUCAAGUUACUCCGGUUAACGGAGAUUCCUCAUCAUCCAUCAUUCGAGUUUCCAUCGUCCAAGCUUCUACCGUCUAUAACGAUACUCCCAAAACUAUAGAAAAGGCGGAGAAGUUAACCGCAGAGGCGGCAAGCAACGGAUCUAAGCUGGUGGUGUUCCCGGAGGCUUUUAUCGGUGGCUAUCCUCGUGGGUUUAGGUUUGGUUUAGCGGUUGGUGUUCAUAACGAUGAAGGUCGUGAUGAGUUCCGAAAGUAUCAUGCUUCUGCUAUUCAUGUUCCUGGCCCUGAAGUAGAAAAAUUGGCGGAGGUGGCUAGGAAAAACAAUGUGUACAUGGUGAUGGGGGCUAUAGAGAAGGAAGGUUAUACACUCUACUGCACAGCCCUGUUCUUCAGUUCCGAAGGUCGGUUCUUGGGGAAGCACCGUAAACUCAUGCCGACAUCUCUUGAACGUUGCAUUUGGGGUUAUGGAGAUGGAUCAACCAUUCCUGUUUACGACACUCCCAUUGGCAAACUUGGUGCUGCUAUUUGCUGGGAAAAUAGGAUGCCUCUCUACAGAACUGCCUUGUACGCAAAAGGCGUCGAGAUUUAUUGUGCACCUACUGCUGAUGGUUCACAGGAAUGGCAAUCGUCGAUGCUUCACAUUGCCCUCGAGGGUGGAUGUUUCGUCUUGUCGGCUUGCCAGUUUUGUCAGCGUAAAGAUUUCCCUGAGCAUCCUGAUUACUUGUUUACUGAUUCGGACGACUACAAAGGAGAUGAUGCUAUUGUCUCCCCAGGCGGUAGUGUCAUUAUUUCACCAUUGGGAAAGGUUCUCGCCGGACCAAACUUUAAAUCAGAGGGUAUCAUCACAGCUAAUCUUGAUCUUGGUGAUAUUGCAAGAGCCAAGUUAUACUUCGAUGUGGUUGGACAUUACUCGAAGCCAGAUGUUUUUAAUUUGACCAUAAAUGAGCACCCGAAGAAACCGGUUACAUUCGUGUCGAAGACGGUGAAAGCAGAGGAUGACUCAGAGUUUCAAGAAAAAUGAUUGAGAUCUGAAAUUUGUCACUUAUCCUUUCCAUAACUUCUGGAGUUAAUGUCAGUCACAUGGUGGAGACGAGUUUAAAAUACUAGGGUUGAGUCCGCGCUUCGCGCGGAUUUUAUUUUAUGUUUGUGUUUUUAUAUUUUUUAUAUAUUAUUUUAUAAAAAAACACAAUGUGUUCGGUUAGUUAUAACAACAAAUUUCUCUUAA